CCCCCGGGCCGGGACGGUGCUUCCGGGGUUGGCUCCGGGGUUGGCUCCCGAGUGGGCUGUAACCCGGGGUGGUCUCAGUCCCAGAAGAGUUCCGGUCUAAGCCACGGGAUGCCGGUGCGUAGCGGGAUCCAGCUUUCCCGCAAACUGGGGCAAAAAAAGCAGCGACCUUUGGAGGCAGAGCAGCAUCAGAGCCCACCAGGUGGAUCCCAAACACCUCCCCCCAAGGAGCCCCGCCUGGAUCCACCCACAACCCUGGGCCCCCAGCGCAGUAUCUAUUUUUCAAACCGCCCUGCUCGCCUGGGAUUAGAAUUUUUCGACCAGCCUGCAGUCUCCCUGGCCCGGGCAUUUCUGGGACAGGUCUUGGUCCGGCAACUCGAUGACAGCACAGAGCUCCGUGGCCGCAUUGUGGAGACCGAGGCAUACUUGGGGCCAGAGGACGAAGCUGCCCACUCAAGGGGCGGCCGGCAGACCCCCCGCAACCGCAGCAUGUUCAUGAAGCCGGGGACCCUGUAUGUGUACCUCAUCUAUGGCAUGUACUUCUGCAUGAAUGUCUCCAGCCGAGGGGAUGGGGCAUGUGUCCUGCUGCGAGCGCUGGAGCCCCUGGAAGGUCUGGAGACCAUGCGGCAGCUUCGCAGUACCUCCCGGAGAGCCAGUACAGGCCGGGCCCUCAAAGACCGCGAGCUCUGCAGCGGACCCUCCAAGCUCUGUCAAGCCCUGGCCGUUGACAAGAGCUUCGACCAACGUGACCUCACCAAGGACAAGGCCAUGUGGCUAGAGCGUGGCCCGCCGCAGCCCAGGGAGAUGGCUGUGGUGGCAGCAGCCCGAGUGGGCAUUGGCAGUGCAGGAGAGUGGGCCCAGAAGCCCCUGCGCUUCUAUAUCCAGGGCAGCCCCUGGGUCAGUGUGGUAGACAGAGCAGCUGAGCGGGAUGCACAGGUCUGAACAAGAGCCUGCUCAGAACAAGCUUUUUAAUUGUUUAAAACCCAAAUAAACACUUCAUUUCU